AUCCCUGGCCUGCUGGAGCUUCCUGGUGGUUCAGGGUGUGCCUCCUGCCAUUCCAAGGCUCUUGGGAAAAUCGGUGCUGUGUUCUAGAAGGGGAUGAACAUCCUGCUCCGUGCUGACCGUGGCAGGCCAGGCAGUGCCCGCUGGGCCAGAAGCCAGGCACAGAGGCCAGAGGAAGGCCAGGGCUGGCCACCUGCCCCCUCCCUGUCUUUCCUUUUCUCCCUCCCUCCUCUCAUGGCUCACUCUGUUUCUUUCCUUCAGCUGUUCUUCAUGCUGCUCAUUCCCCACCUCUGACUCCAUCUCCAUCCACCCAGGGUCUCCCAGCGCAGCCUCCCAGCGCUGCCACGGCUCUGCCGGGCCCCCCUGGCCCCGUGUCCCCCCCUGUGGUCCCAGCUGCAGCCAUCCCUGUGUUCUCCGUGCCUCCCCAGCCCCCUGCCCCGGCCCUGCUAGGCCCAGUCACCACUGCCCCUCCUGCAGCUCCACAGGCCCCUGUGGGUUUUGCAGCCCCAGGAUCUCCAGGGCCUGCCCCGGUUAGCCCGGCUUCUCCAGGAUUCCCAGCUCCAGUGUCACCUGGCCUGGCUGCUGCUUCUGCUGCAGUGACAGUGGCCCCUCUUGCCCCUGCAGUGAGCCCCAGUUCUCUCCCAGCUGCUCUCGCCUCUCCCAUGAAAACUGUUCCUGCUGCUGCCUCUGUGGGAGCUGCACCUCUGGCCUCACUCCCUGCCUCUGGAGCAGCCCCAACGCCUUUCCCAGCCUCUGGAGCAGCCCCAGCUCCUCUCCUGCCUCCCCCAUCCCGUCCCCUUCUGGCAUCUCCCCCACCAGUGUCUCCCACUUUGCUGCCUGCUCCCACUGUGGCAGUGUGUCCUCAGAGUCCGGGAUCACUUCCCACAGUCCCGGUGUCUCCUGGAAUUCCUGCUUCCACCCCGCUGGCUUCUGUUCCAGCCUCUCCCCGAGCUCCAGCUCCAGCCCUGGUUGGUGCCAUCUCUCCCCCUGUCUUCCUGGCUGCUCCCAAAGCUCCCUUGUCACCCCCUAUCCCUCUGCUGCCAGCUGGGGUGUCCCCUGGGCAUCCUGCUGCUGCCCCACCAGGCCCAGCCCCUGGUGCCCCAGUCUCACCACUGGUCCCAGUUGCUCCUUCUGUUGCCAGGGCCUGUCCCGUGGGCCCUGCCCCGGUGGUCCCAUCUGUGGGACACCCAGUCCCUCCCUCGGUAGCCAGGACCCCUCCUGGGAGCCCGGCCCCUCGGGCUGCACCUGUGGCUGCAGCAGCUCCGGUGGUUCCUGCCCUGUCCACACCUGCACUGGGAGCUGCCAGCUCUGUCCCAGGGCCUCUCGCGAGCCCCGUGUUCCCAGCAGCAGCUCCUGUGUCUGCUGUCCCCUCUGCCAGCUGUCCCCCUGUCACACUGGCCAUCCCUCCUGUGGCCAAACCAGCUCCUGGGAGCCUGGUCACUGCCCCAGCUGCCCCCUCUGUCGCUGUCACACCGGCCAUGGCAGCUCCAGCCACCCCUCCUGUGGCCAAACCAGCUCCUGGGAGCCCAGUCACUGCUCCCUCUGUCCCUGUCACACCAGCCAUGGCACCUCCAGCCAUGCCUCCUGUGGCCAAACCAGCUCCUGGGAGCCCGGUCACUGCCCCCUCUCCUCCUGUCACACCAGCCAUGGCACCUCCAGCCAUGCCUCCUGUGGCCAAACCAGCUCCUGGGAGCCCGGUCACUGCCCCAGCUGCCCCCGUCACACCGGCCAUGGCAGCUCCACCGUCUCCAGCUGCCCCUCCCUCAGCCAAAGAUGCUCCCAAGGGUUCUGUUGCUGCCACUCCAAUUCUCCCCACCGCAGCUCCAGCCACCCCACCUGCAGCCAAAACUGCGCCCAAGAGCCCUGUUGCUGCUCCCUUGUCCCCUGCCACCGCAACUCCUGCAGCUCCAGCUGUGCCACCAGCAGCCAAAACACCCCCUAAGAGCCCUGUCAAAGCCACCCCAACUCCAUCUACCCCUGCUGAGGACAAGGCACCCCCUAAGAGCCCUGUCAAAGCCACCCCAACUCCAGCCACCCCCACUGAGGCCAAAACACCCCCUAAGAGCCCUGUCAAAGCUUCCACAGGUGCAGCCACCCCCACUGAGGACAAGGCACCCCCAAAAAGCCCUGUCAAAGCCACCCCAACUUCAGCCACCCCCACUGAGGCCAAAGCACCCCCAAAGAGCCCUGUCAAAACCACCCCAACUCCAGCUUCUCCUGGAGCAGCCAAAAAGUCUCCCAAGGGCAGCCCCAUCACUGCCCCAUCUGCUCCUGUGGCUCCAGCACCUUCAGCUGCCCCUGCUGAGGCAAAAGCACCCCAAAAAAGCCCUGUCAAAGCUGCCCCUGCUGAGGCCAAAGCACCCCCAGAAAGCCCCAUUACAGCCACCCCACCUCCAGCAGCCAAAACACCCCCAAAGAGCCCUGGGAAAGCCACCCCAACCCCUGCAGCUGAGGCCAAAGCACCCCCAAAGAGCCCUGUCAAAGCCACCCCAGCUCCAGCCACCCCUGCUGAGGACAAAGCACCCCCAAAGAGCCCUGUCAAAGCCACUCCCCCUCCAGGCACCCCCACUGCAGCCAAAGGACCCUCAAAAAGCCCUGCUGAGGCCAAGGCACCUCCAAAGAGCCCUGUCAAGGCCACUGCAGCUCCUGCAGCUCCAGCCACAGCUCCGGCCACGGCUGUUUCUGGUGUCCCUCCAAAGCCCCCAACCCCAGCAAAAGCAGACACCGGCCGUCCCGGCUCUGCCCCUGCCAAGAAGCAGCAGCCCCCCACCAAUAACAAGGUGGCCAAGCCGGCCACUUACCCACCCCAGCCCAAAGCUCCCUCGAAGGCCCCGCUCAGCGCUGACGAUGAGGACCUGCCGCCUCUGCUCCCCCCCGAGCCGCCCGUGCUGCUGGAGCUCUCUCCACCCGCGGGGGUCCCGGCCCCCCUGGCGCCACAGCCCAUCCUCAAGAAUGACAAGGGUAUUUGCGGCCGCGGUUUGCCGUGUGCAUGGAGUGUCACUGGCUGCCCACGGGAUACUAACCCCGCCCGGGGCCCCGGCGUGCGGGGAUAGACCGAGCCGAGCAGCCGGUGAGCCGGGGCGCAGGGAGGGACGGGGCUCGGCACGGUCCCGGCGGUCACUAACGCGUGUCCUCGGGCACGGAGCACG